AUGGGUCAUCUCAGCUGUUUCGCUCUGGCCUUCCUUGGCUUCCUGAUCGCUGGGACUGUCCCAGCAGGUGAGGGAGUGUUGGUCUGCGCUGAAGGAUGGAUGUUCUACCAAGGCAGCUGCUACAGACUUUUCAACUACACGUUGUCCUGGUAUCAGGCAGAGCUCGAGUGCCAUCGCAAAGUCGUCAGGAGCCACCUUGCUUCUAUUCAUAGCCAAGAUGAGGGAGCCGAGUUGGCCAAAUACAUUCAGGCCUCUCAGCAAGAGUGCGUCCCUGUCUGGAUUGGACUGAAAAACUUCGUAAGGCUAGACCUCAAGGAGGGAUACGAGAAGUGGAAUUAUAAGACUUGCGACGGCAAGUCCCCAUCCGUCUGCAAGUAUGUUCCUUAG